AUGGCAGACGAGGACCUUAUUUUUCGUAUGGAAGGAAUUGAUAAUGCCAGAACAACUGCAGCAGACUCCAGGAGUUACCUUGAUGCUGAUAGUGAUGAUGAAGAAAAUUAUUUUAUCUGUCCCAUAACUGAUGAUCCAGUUUCUAACAAGUCUGCCAAUACCAAAGUAGACAAUUAUUACAGCAGUUUAGCAAAAACUGAGCAGUACAGUUCAAGCUCUUCUCCCAGAAGCUUUAGCUUUAAGGAAACCUGGAAACAUGCUAUUGAGAAAGCCAAGCACAUGCCUGAUCCCUGGGCAGAAUUUCAUCUGGAGGACGUUGAGACAGAACAUGCCACUCGUUACAGGUACAAUGCAGUUACUGGGCACUGGGUUGAAGAUGAAGUGCUUAUCAAGAUGGCUUCUCAACCUUUCGGCCGUGGAGCAAUGCGAGAGUGUUUCAGAACAAAAAAGCUGUCCAACUUCUUACACACUCAGAACUGGAAAGGUGCCUAUAAUUAUGUUGCCAAGCAAUACAUAGAGAGUGUAAGCAGGGAUGUUUAUUUUGAGGAUGUUCGACUGCAGAUGGAAGCAAAACUCUGGGGAGAAGAGUACAACCGGCACAAGCCACCAAAACAGGUGGAUAUAGUGCAGACCUGUAUUAUUGAAAUGAAGAACAGGCCUGGAAAGCCCCUCUUUCAUCUGGAACAUUACAUCGAGGGCAAAUACAUCAAAUACAACUCAAAUUCUGGAUUUGUGCGAGACGACAACAUUCGUCUAACUCCACAAGCCUUCAGUCACUUCACCUUUGAGCGCUCAGGACACCAGCUCAUUGUUGUUGAUAUCCAGGGAGUUGGAGAUCUUUACACAGACCCUCAGAUCCAUACAGAGAGUGGUACAGAUUUUGGAGAUGGCAACCUAGGUGUUCGAGGUAUGGCCUUGUUCUUUCAUUCUCAUUUCUGCAACAACAUCUGCAAAAGCAUGGGACUGGCACCAUUUGAUCUUUCAUCCAAAGAAAAAGAUGCCUUGGAUUAUAAUAAAAAACUGCUUGAAUCUGCUCAAACAAUUCUCCGUGGCACAGAGGAGAAAUGCGGCAGCAGCCGGGUGAGGACGGUGUCCGGGAGCCGGCCCCCUCUGCUCUUCCGCCUCUCUGAAAACUCUGGGGAUGAAAGCAUGAGUGAUGUGGCAUUUGACUCCCUGCCCUGCUCUCCAUCCUCUGCAACCCCUCACAGCCACAAGGUGGACAUGCUUAAUUGGCCUGUGUUCAGUGAAGUAGAUAACUUGGAUCAGCUUGACAACAAAAGGGACUUUGAAAAUGGUGGAGACAGUGGAUAUCCCAGUGAAAAGAGAAGUGAGACAGAAGAUAUGGAUCAUAGAGAGAGGGGCCAUGCAAACAACAACCGGAGGCAGGAGUCUGAUGAAGACAGUUUGGGAAGCUCUGCAAGGAUCAGUGUGGAGAAAUGGAAUCUUUACAACUCUUCCAGAGUCCACAUUCACAGACCAUCCUGUGUUGCCCAAGAAAUUCAGAGACUCAAUGCACUAGAACUUGAAAAGAAAAUUGGGAAGUCAGUCCUUGGAAAGGUUCACCUGGCCAUGGUUCGCUAUCAUGAAGCCGGGCGCUUCUGUGAGAAGGACGAGGAAUGGGAUCAGGAGUCGGCCCUGUUCCACCUGGAGCAGGCUGCAGACUGCGGCGAGCUGGAAGCCAUCGUUGGGUUAGGCCUCAUGUGCUCUCAGCUGCCACAUCACAUUCUUUCUGAGGUCACUCUCGAGGAUACAAAGGAGAACAGAAAUAAAGGAUUUAAUUACUUGCUGAGAGCAGCAGAAGCUGGAGACCGGCCUUCCAUGAUUCUGGUAGCAAGAGCAUAUGAUACAGGUGUAAAUCUUGGUGCAGACAGAGCCCAGGAUUGGAAGGAGGCACUGCACUGGUACAAUGCUGCACUGAACAUGACUGACUAUGAUGAGGGAGGUGAAUAUGAUGGCACUCACGAUGAGCCCCGGUAUUUGCUCCUGGCCAGGGAAGCAGAGAUGUUAAUGAUGGGAGGGUUCAACCUGGAGAAGGAUCCACAAAGAUCAGGUGAGCUUUACACAGAAGCAGCCGAAGCAGCCAUGGAGGCCAUGAAGGGCAGACUGGCAAAUCAGUACUACCAAAAAGCAGAAGAGGCUUGGGCAAUGAUGGAAGAAUGA